AGAAAGGUUGCAAUGUUGCUCGCCGGGCAACAAGCGCAGCCGGCGUCAUCUUGAACCUAAACACGCUGAAACGGUGCCGUUUGCCCCUCUUUCCUCCGGUUUCUGUCAGAAGCAGGCGAUCACCCACCCACUGACCCACCCACUUUUUUUGUUUUUCUUUUGCGAUAUUACGUCCCUCCGGCAUUCGCCUGCCAAUUUCCACGAUUCCCACUUCACAAAGUCUCCACUUCUGUCCUUCUUAUCAACUCAUAAAGGCAAAGGAGGAAAGCCGCUCCCAUCAACUUAAAGCCUUUCUCAGCACCUGGUCAAGUUCCACAAGUCCGAUUCCUGAACGAUUUUGUCCAACCGAUUAAUCGUCGAUCGUCGUCCUGUUGUUUAUCUUCUCUACAUUGGAACCAGCAACUACUGUACUGACAUCGUGCUUCUAAUGUGACUUGGCUUUUCUUUUUGUUGCACGGUAACGGUUUUUCUCAAUGGAUCCGUCGCCGAUAACCUUGGGACCAACCAUGGACAUGCCAAUCAUGCACGAUAGCGACCGGUACGAUUUCGUCCAAGAGAUUGGGUCCGGGAAUUUCGGGGUGGCCAGGCUGAUGAGAGACAAGCAAACCAAAGAGCUUGUCGCCGUGAAGUAUAUCGAGCGCGGGGAUAAGAUAGAUGAAAAUGUAAAGAGGGAAAUCAUCAAUCACAGGUCUUUGAGACACCCUAAUAUUGUUAGGUUCAAGGAGAUCAUUUUAACGCCUACUCAUUUGGCCAUUGUUAUGGAAUAUGCAUCUGGAGGUGAACUCUUUGAGCGAAUCUGCAAGGCAGGGCGCUUUUCUGAGGAUGAGGCUCGUUUCUUCUUUCAACAACUCAUUUGUGGGGUCAGUUAUUGCCAUGCGAUGCAAGUAUGUCAUCGGGACCUGAAGCUGGAAAACACAUUAUUAGAUGGAAGCGUAGCACCUCGUUUGAAGAUAUGUGAUUUUGGUUACUCCAAGUCAUCAGUGCUUCAUUCACAACCGAGGUCAACUGUGGGAACUCCUGCAUAUAUUGCUCCAGAAGUAUUGCUGAGGCAAGAGUAUGAUGGCAAGAUUGCAGAUGUCUGGUCUUGUGGAGUGACCUUAUAUGUGAUGCUGGUAGGAUCAUAUCCUUUUGAAGAUCCUAAUGAACCAAAGGAUUUUCGAAGGACCAUACAGAGAAUUUUGAGUAUCCAGUACUUCAUUCCAGACUUCGUCCAAAUAUCACCUGAUUGCCGCGACCUUAUCUCUAGGAUAUUUGUUUUUGAUCCUGCAGAGAGAAUCACCAUUCCUGAAAUCUUGAACCACGAAUGGUUUUUGAGGAAUCUCCCCGCGGACCUAAUGGAUGAGAAGAUACUGGGAAACCAAUUUGAAGAGUCAGACCAACCAAUGCAGAGCAUUGACGUGAUCAUGCAGAUAAUUUCAGAAGCUACUAUACCACCAGCUGGGACCCGUUCUUUGGAUCAGUUUAUGGCAGACUUUGAGGGAGAUGAUGGCAUGGAUGAAUUAGAGUCGGACUCUGAGCUUGAUAUUGAGAGUAGUGGGGAGAUAGUCUAUGCCAUGUGAUUUUAAUUCACCUGCUAAAAGGUGAGAGCAUCGAGAUGAUGAUGGCAUGGCAUGUUGUGCUCAUGGGCUCGUCAAUGUCUGGAAAGAACUAUGUGAUGAAAGCAUUUUCCCAUAGAGUAGAAUGGUUAAUACGCAUAGGAAUAUUGAAUGUUUGUGUGCGCCUCGUUGUUGGCGAUGUGUGUAAUAUCUAUCAAUGUCACUCGGAACUUGGAAGAGUAACUUGUUUCCUAGGGGUGAGAAGAGUUGGUGGUCAGGGGAAGAAAUGUUAUCGACCUUUUAUCUCCCGUUUCUCUUCGAUACUUGCCUCAUAUGCUACUAUUUAUGUAUCUAUACACCCAUGUGAACAGUCUCUAUAAAACAUUUCUAAGCUCUGUCGAUGCUAUGCCCUGCAUGUAAAGAGUUCCCUUCGACUAUGAAUGUAUUCUUCAUCGCAGCUUA